UAGCCUUUCGCAUGAAUCAGUACCCAAGAAGUAGCUGCAGUACUCCAUUCGGUAUCGGCCAACGCUGCUAGGUAGCUCUUGCUGCUGCUAAUGGGGAUCACCAAACUGGCAGAUUUGAUCCGCUACGAAGCUCCUAGCGCCAUUUCUCACAACGAUGUCUGUGACUACGCAGGGAAGGUGAUUGCUGUGGACACCUCCAUUAUGAUCAACCAGUUCCGCUCAGCCACGCCAUCACUGAGCCCGCUGACUGGUCUCUUCUUUCGCACCCUCACUUUCCUGGAACACGACAUGAAGCCUGUGUUUGUGUUUGACGGGAAGCCUCCCGAAGAGAAGCUAGCUGCUCUUCAAAAACGAGCCGAGACUGCAGGUUGGCAUUCACCUAACUACACAGGCACAGCGUCACUCCAAACAAGUAACGCUUUCCACCUCCUGAAGCUUCUGGGCGUACCCGUGAUCCAAGCUCCAGGAGACGCUGAGGCUUUUUGCGCAUGGAUGGUGAGACAAGGGACUGCAGAGGCCGUGGCGUCCGAGGACAUGGACACUCUACCCUUCGGAGCGCAUGUUCUGCUUCGCCAGCUGAACGCUAAGAAGGACAGUGAUAUCGUGGAAUAUUCUUUACCAAAGCUGUUGGAGGUCCUCCAGCUGAACCACGCAGAAUUUGUUGACCUGUGUAUCUUGCUGGGAUGCGACUACUGUGACAAGAUAGCUGGUUUUGGUCCCAAGAGGGCGCUGUCGCUGAUCCAGAAACACCGCACUAUUGAAAAUGUUGUCUUGCACAUGAACAGAGAGACCCACCCAGUGCCGAAAAACUGGAGUUACAAAGAAGCACGGAGGGUGUUUUUGGAAACGUCACAAUCAGAACUGCCUGAGCUGACGUGGACGGAGCCUGACGAAUGCGCCUUGCUUGAGUUCCUGCGCCGCUGCACCUUCGUCAAGUACACGGAGAGCAGAGUCCGUCAUCGCAUGGAGAAGUUCCGAAAGGCGCGGGAGAGCAAGCGAAAGACGAGAGAAAGGCAGAAAGCCGCUGGACAAGGCAGGCAGACCCGUAUGGAGGACUUUUUCAGAGUUCUUAGAAAGAGAGAGCAGUCCGUCGUGAAAGAUGCAGGCUGUGGACGCAGCAAGAAAAAGAAAACGUCGAAAUGAAGCCCUGGAAGUUGUUCAGCAGAUAUUUUUGCCAAAAGUGUCAAAAACACAAGUAACCAUGUUUUGAUCAUGUUUUCUGUUGAACAAAUAUUCUGCCUCGGCUAUAAUGUUUACAUUUCUUGACAUAACUACAUGGUUAGUUUGUUUUUGUUAUGCUUAGAACUUUGACAUGUAAAUAUUUGAUCUUUUUUUUAUGCAAUCCCCUGUGCUCUUUGAGCCACAAAAUGUAAGUAAGCAAGUGCGGCUAUAAAAACAAAUCCUGCAGGACAGUGAAUUCAGGCAGCAGUUAAACCAUUUCUAUCAAAUGGCAAUCACUGUAAACACGGACUUGGUUCAGCUCCUGCAAAGCUACCAAGAAAGGCAGAGCGAGUCGUGAAAGAGGCCAGUGUCAGCACUGUCAGGGGGGCUUUGCCAAAAAACCCAAAAAGGGAGAGCGGAAGUCUCAUCACAAGAUAUUCAGCCAGCACCUGUUGUGUAAUCUGUGCCAAGGCGCAGACCAGAGACUUGAAUUGUGAACCCACCAAGCUAAUGGAAUUUUGUUGAAGAAUAUAGUGUUUUUUUGAGUGGGGGUAUCAUGGUAAAUAUUAUCAAACAAUUAAAAAUCAUGUAUAUUUUGA